UUCUUUUCUAACACACCCCUCCUCAUUCUUCUCUCAAUCGCCAUGGAACUCACCACCAUGCUUUACUUCCUUGCCUCCUCUUUCUUCUUCUUCAUUCUUCUCUUCAAAUUCUUCUCUUCUCCCAAGAGAGGCAGAGCAUUGCCACUCCCUCCUGGCUCCAUGGGUUGGCCUUACAUAGGAGAAACCUUCCAAAUGUACUCUCAAGACCCAAAUGUCUUCUUUUCCACCAAAAUCAAGAGGUAUGGUUCUAUAUUCAAGUCCCACAUUUUGGGAUGUCCAUGUGUUAUGAUAUCAAGCUCAGAAGCUGCAAAAUUUGUGCUGAACAAAGCACAAUUGUUCAAGCCAACAUUCCCAGCCAGCAAAGAGAGGAUGUUGGGAAAGCAGGCCAUAUUCUUCCACCAAGGAGAGUACCAUGCCAACCUCAGGAGGCUCGUCCUCCGCACCGUCAUGCCCGAAGCCAUCAAGAACAUCGUCAAGGACAUCGAGUCCAUUGCCGUCCAUGCCCUUCAAUCCUGCCAAGGAAAACCCAUCACCACUUUCCUCGAAUUCAAAACCUACACAUUCAACGUUGCACUGCUUUCAAUUUUCGGAAAAGACGAGGUUAAGUACAGAGAAGAUUUGAAAAAGUGCUACUACACUUUGGAGAAAGGAUACAACUCAAUGCCGAUAAAUAUUCCUGGAACACUGUUCCACAAGGCCAUGAAGGCAAGAAAGGAAAUCGCUGAGAUAGUUGCGAGAAUCAUGGCAACAAGGAGAGAAAAGAAAGAAGAGAGUUACAAUGAUUUGCUGGGUUCGUUCAUGGCCGAGAAAGCAGGACUCAGCGAUGAACAAAUAACAGAUAACAUCAUUGGUGUCAUUUUCGCUGCUCGUGACACCACUGCCUCUGUGCUGACGUGGAUUGUUAAAUACCUCGGUGAAAAUCCAACUGUACUGCAAGCAGUAACUGAAGAGCAAGAAUCUAUAGUGAAGAGGAAGGAGAAAAAUGGUGAAGAGAUAGGAUUGAAUUGGGAAGAUACAAAGAAGAUGCCAAUGACUUCAAGGGUGAUUCAAGAGACUCUAAGGGUUGCUUCAAUAUUGUCCUUUACUUUCAGAGAAGCAGUUGAAGAUGUUGAGUAUCAAGGGUAUCUUAUACCAAAAGGGUGGAAAGUAUUGCCACUUUUCAGAAACAUACACCAUAGCCCUGACAACUUCAAAGAGCCAGAAAAGUUUGAUCCUUCAAGAUUUGAGGUGGCUCCCAAACCCAAUAGCUUCAUGCCAUUUGGCAAUGGGGUUCAUGCAUGCCCUGGCAAUGAAUUAGCUAAGUUGGAGAUGCUGGUGCUUCUACAUCAUCUCACCACAAAAUACAGGUGGACUGUGGUAGGUGACAAAAAUGGGAUCCAAUAUGGCCCUUUUGCCCUUCCCUUAAAUGGGUUGCCCCUAAACUUAUACCCAAAAUAUCAAUAAUGACAAAGUCAACAUAAGCAUAAGGUGUAAGCCAAGUCUAAGUCAACCAUAUGGCAUGGGAGCAAGCUAAUAAAUGUGGCAACAAUGGUUCCAAGGUUCAAAAUAAUACCAAUACCAGAUCUGGUUUUGAUCACACAAAAUAAUGAAGAAAUCAUAUGUCAAGUUCCACAUAAACAACAAAAUAAACGGGAUAUCAACCAAUGAUUA